GAUUGGAUUGAAAUCUAAAAACGACGUAGUUUUUGAGUUUUGCUUCUUAUUAUAAAUAUGCUCGAGUCUUCAAAACCCUAGCCCCCAAAAAUCUGAGACUCUCUCUCUCAGCUCUUCAUCUCAAUCUCGCCGCCUCCCACCACCUUCCUCAGAAUGAAGAUCAUCGCCGCUUACUUGUUGGCCGUUUUGGGAGGAAAUGCUGCUCCUUCCGCAGCUGAUUUGAAGAAAAUUCUAAGUUCAGUUGGAAUUGAGGCAGAAGAUGAGAAGGUUAACUUCCUUUUGUCUGAGGUUAAGGGAAAAGAUCUUACCGAGCUAAUUGCAUCCGGAAGGGAGAAGCUAGCAUCAGUCCCAUCCGGCGGUGGUGGUGCAGUUGCUUACUCUGCACCCGCAGGUGGAGCUGCUGCUGCCCCAGCUGCUGCCGCAGAGUCAAAGAAGGAAGAAAAGGUUGAAGAGAAGGAAGAAUCAGAUGAUGAUAUGGGUUUCAGUCUUUUCGACUAAAAAGCUUUGAUAUGGAGAUUUUGAGGUUUUUGCUAUUUGAAUGUUGUUUUUUAUGUUCUAUUUUUAUUUAGAUAUUUAGAGAAGGAAGCAAAAUUUGAGACUGUAUUUUAUAUUUAUUUAGAUAUUUAGAGAAGGAAGAAAAAUUUGAGACACUUUUACUGUAUAAGCUUUUAUAUGAGUACAUUGCAAUUGUGCCAUUUACUCUA